AUGUCACACUCAAAUUAUACCAAGUUCCACCCCUCCUCUUUCCUUCUACUGGGGAUUCCAGGCCUUGAAGAGAUGCACCUCUGGAUUGGGUUUCCAUUUUGCGCUGUAUAUUUGAUCGCCCUUGUGGGAAACAUCACUAUCUUGUUUGUGAUCCAGACUGAAAAUAGCCUUCACCAGCCCAUGUUUUACUUCUUGGCCAUGUUAGCCUCCAUUGAUCUGGGACUGUCCACAUCUACCAUCCCCAAGAUGUUGAGCAUCUUCUGGUUUAAUUUAAGAGAGAUUAGCUUUGGGGGCUGUGUCGCCCAGAUGUUCUUCAUUCACAUAUUCACUGCUAUGGAGACUGUUGUGUUGGUUGCCAUGGCCUUUGAUCGCUACGUUGCUAUCUGCAAUCCUCUUAGGUACAGUCUAAUUCUCACUAAUAGGACCAUUGGCUUCAUUCUGGUGGUGGUGUUUGGUGUCAAUUUCAUUUUGGUUGUUCCAUUAGUUUUUCUUAUCUUGAGGCUUCCCUUCUGUGGACACCAUGUAAUCCCACACACAUAUUGUGAGCACAUGGGGAUUGCGCGUCUGGCCUGUGCCAAUAUAAAGGCAAACAUGGUAUUCGGAUUAGUUCUUAUAUCAAUGGUACUUGUUGAUGUAAUUCUGAUUGCCGUCUCCUAUGUGAGAAUACUCAGGGCUGUCUUCUGCCUUCCUUCUCGAGAUGCCAGACUCAAAGCACUUAACACAUGUGGCUCCCACAUCUGUGUAAUCCUGGCCUUCUUCACACCAGCUUUCUUCUCCUUCAUGACCCACAGAUUUGGCAGAAAUGUUCCCAGAUACAUUCACAUUCUCCUGGCCAACCUAUAUGUGGUUGUCCCACCCGCCCUUAAUCCAGUGAUCUACGGGGUCAGGACAAAGCAGAUUCGGGAGCGGGUUUUAAGCAUCUUUUUUAAAAAAGACUAG